GUGGGAGUGGCACAAAACAGAUGCUUCCUCAUCAGCACCAGUAACAGUUGUACAAAGAAAGUACACAGAUACAGAGAAAAGGGGAUGGAUUCAUGAACCCUCUCAUCAUCUAAAUUCCAUCAAGAUCAUCCAUGUUUUCAAAAGAUUGACACAGGAGAUAGAGGCAGAGAGAGCGCACAGAUGCUUUGCAAAUGGGAAAAUCCAAACCCGAAUUGCCAAUUAACCAUAACCAUAACCAUAACCAGCAGCAGAAUCGUCAUCGCCCUUCGUUCUUUGUUCGAUGUUCGAGGGGUUUCUCGAGAUUCGGUCAAUUGUUUAGUUUCAAGUGCGUUUUCAUUUUGCUUCUUAGCGUUUCCGUUUCACUCUCUGCGAUCUUCUCGGUCUUCCAUUUUCAACAUAGACAAUCUGGGUUUGAUGCUAAAGACUCAAUCAAGAACAGUGCUACGGUGCAGGCAUACUUCAGAUUGGAAAAACCUGUUUCCUUUCUUCUUCCUCAAAUUACAAGACUAGAGUAUGAUAUUUACAACGAAAUAGGCGUACCUUACACACAGGUUGCUAUCUUGUCCAUGCACGAAGCUGGUGCAUCUAACUGGACCGAUGUGGUGUUUGGCAUUCUUUCUAAACCUGUGAAUUCUCCUAUAAACUCGGUGUCUUUGAUUCUGCUGAGAUCAUCAUUAGUUGAUCUGUUUACACAAUGUUCCAACUUGACACUGACAACAUCAGUUUUUGGCAUGCCAUCUUCUAUUGAGAUUCUCAAAUUUCCUGGCGGGAUCACUAUCAUCCCGAAGCUAUCUCUCUCCGGUGGGAUGCUACCACAAGUCCUCUUUAAUUUUACCCUCCGUAAUUCUCUACAUGAUAUAGAAGAAAAUUAUCUUCAGUUGAAGGAACAACUGGAAUCAGGGUUGCAGCUAAUGCCUUAUGAGAGCGUAUUUGUACAAGUGACAAACAAAGAUGGAUCAACACAAAAUCCGCCUGUUACAGUCCAGGCAUCAGUUUUGUCAAAUCUAGGGAGCCUGGAGCCUCCGAGACUAAAGCAAUUAGCGGAGGAAAUCACCAGAUCUCCCCCUGCAAAAAACCUUGGCCUAGAUAACACUGUUUUUGGUAAAGUGAAGGAAAUCAGUUUAUCGUCCUAUCUGUUUCAUACUCUUGAUGCACCUACACCUUCACCCUCACCCAUGCCAUCACCUGAUCAAAAUGAUCAUGUGGGGUCCACCAUCAUUCCAUCUCCGGCUACUUCCCCAUCUCCCAACUCACUUCACUUACCUCCUUGUACUAACUGUGUUGCUUCUUCACCUAGCCCCCAAAAUGAGCCUAAUCAAUCUUUACCUCCAGUUUCAAAUCCCCCAGCACCUGCAAUGGACCCAUAUUGUGGUGGGUCUGAUCUGUCACCAUCAUCUGGUCCUGCUCCUGGUCCUGAUCCAAGUUAUCAUCCCCUUCCACCUCCUCCUACUCCUACUCCUACUAGUCCACUGCCCAUGUAUCCAAGAUCAAGAAUGGCACCAAAUCUUUCUCCUUUACCUGCUGUAUCCUAUGGAUCCCUUCCUCAACCAGAAAACAGGAAACAAAAAGGUUUGGCGCCUUCACCUCUUGCGGUCUUACCGUCUUCUUCUUCUGCAGCAAGUGGUGUUUUGCGUCCGUUGUUGGUCUUGAUCCUCAUGGCACUGCAUAUCCUCUUACUAUAGCUAUAACAUUAAUAUGCAGAUAUACAGUUUUGGUACUAGUAUGAUAGAAAGAAGGUUCCUGGUAUAUACAUACAACCAUCUAUAUAUAUAUAGAUUGCAGGUCAAAGCCAAAGUGUGGCAGGCCUGUUUUUUCGACAGCCAGCAGACAGAAGGAUAUUCUCAAAGGGAAGAUUGAUGCAGUAUUAUCAAGGAGAUCCAGCUUGCAAAAAAGUGUAAUGUAUUUUGUGGUUCUUUUUGAGCAUCUGCAUGCAUGUCUAGUUACUACUGUUAGUAUGAUCAUCAUGACAUGAUUCAAAACAAAAACUACUUGGAGUUCCAUUGUUCACAAACUCAAGUCAAUGGAAAACAACUACAUUUUCUAUGAUGGCUUGGUUCCAACUUAAA